ACCAGUGACUCCCCUGUGGCACAGCCAGUGAGCCAGCACCGCGCCCGUGAGCUUAGAGCUGUGCAGGGUGCUAGUGAGAGGUGGCCUGUGUACACCAGACGUCAAAAUUCAGGUUCUGCUGGAGAUCCUUCUGCUGCCCUGUGGCGAUACGGAUUCACGCAGCACGCUGCUCCCUGCAGCCUUCCCCCCUUAGGUACUCUUCAUCGCUAUGAGCUUGUUUCAUACAGGGACCAUAGCCCACAUAGUCAGAUCUUCCCUCUGAGGACAAAUUGAGUUAGUUACUUCCUACCACUAUGGGUUGGGCCUGGUGACUGUGUUUGCUCAUCACAUCUGAGUUAAUGGUGUGCCGAGGACAGAUGUGAGGCGGCACUUUAGCUCCAUAUUGAUGUGGUAUCUUAAGGCAUUGCGGCGCCUUGAGCCCACAGCAGCACAGGACAUGGAGGCUCUUGAAGUGGAUGAUAUUAGCCCUGCCUUGGAAGUGACUGAAGACUUUUUCAAUAGUUUUGAUACUAAGCUUGAAAAGAUUGUGCAGCCCUCUGAGGUGUAUGGUGUGCAGGAGGUCCCUGAACUGGUUGGGCAUGAGGUAUUUGAUCAGAUAACAGAGAGCAGGAACCUGAGGAAUGUCGCCUCCUUAGCCAAAAACAGCCUCAUCUGGGAUCACUGCAAAAAUGGCCUCUUGGAAACCAAAGCUCAGACAGCGUUCCCUGCCAAAGACCAACGCAUGGUGCAGAGGGGAACAGCUGCUGACAACCUUGCUUGGGCAGGGGAAGGGGAGACCACGGCUUUUAACAUCUUCAAGAUCUGCCAGCGGCGGAGAGAUCGGCCUCGCUCGGUGAAUGACAUCCUGGUGCAGAGUGAGGAAGCCCCCAUGUUCAAACCAGGUCACAACAGAUCACGCUCUGAUAUCAGCCAUGUAAACUGGAGAGUGGUCUUCACAGGCACCUCCCUGCAGCAGGCACCUGCACCUGGUCAGGACAAUAACUGCGCUCUGCUUUCCUACCUGGCAUUAACCAAGGGAGAGGACAUCCAAGGAAACACAGAACACCAGACAGUGUUCCCAAAUCUUCUGAAGAAGGGAUACUUGGAAGUUAGAAGAGACAAUGACAGCUACUGGCAAACCUGCUACGCUGAGCUCUCCCAGUACAAACUGUACCUAUAUUGCUUGGACAGCAGUGGCAACCAGACUCUUCCCACCGUGUAUCCACUCAUGCGUUUUCAGAGGGUCUCUGUUACAGGUGGCAUUGAAACCAAGGUGGUGGACACUGUCCUGUCAGACAGCUCACAGCUGCAGCUGAAGGCAGAGUCCUCAUGGGAGACUUUGGACUGGGGACAGAAACUUUGGGAAGCGGUGCGUGCUUCUGCGCCUGUGUUUACAAGACAGCAGGAGAAACUGGAGAAUGUGCCAAAGCCUGAAAACAACAGUGACCUUUCUCAAACUAAUGGAUUAUUAGAGAAGCCUAUGGAGCUCUUCCUAUCCAUGAAUUUGACUGAAAAUGCUAAAGAGCACCAAAAUAUUCUGAAAUCAGGGACUCUUUACAGGUUAACUGUCCAGAAUAACUGGAAGGCAUUUACUUUUGUCUUGAACAGGUCUUAUCUCAUGGCAUUCCAACCUGGUAGGCUUGAUGAAGAUCCCUUGCUGAGCUACAAUGUGGAUGUGUGCCUGUCUGUCCAGACAGAUACUCAGGAUGGCUGUGACUCUUGCUUUCAGGUCAUUUUUCCCCAAGAUGUGCUGCGCCUGCGUGCAGAGACCCGGCAGAGGGCCCAGGAGUGGAUGGAGGCCCUGAAAGCAGCAGCCAAUGCUACUCGAAGUUUAACUCAAAACCCACAGGUCACACUCAGGAGCAAACCUGCAGAUCGGCCCUUUGGGAACGAGCUCAGAAAGGCCAAGCGCCAGUCUGUGACCACCAGCUUCCUGAGCAUCCUGACCACGCUGUCUCUGGAGAGAGGGCUCACAGUGCAGAGCUUCAAGUGUGCAGGCUGUCAGCGCUCCAUAGGUUUGUCCCAUGGGAAGGCCAAGGUGUGCAGCUACAGUGGGUGGUACUACUGCAGCACCUGCCAUGUGGAUGACAACUUCCUUAUCCCUGCACGGCUGGUUCAUAACUGGGACACUUCCAAAUACAAGGUAUCAAAGCAAGCCAAAGAGUUCCUGGAAUAUGUUUAUGAGGAGCCAUUAAUUGAUAUCCAGCAGGAAAAUCCCAUGUUGUACAAUCACGUUGAACCCCUGGCAACUAUUGUCCGCCUGAGACAGCAGCUGAAAUCUCUGCGAGCCUACUUGUUCAGCUGCAGAGCAGCAGUGGCUGAAGAUCUGCGUAGAAGGAUCUUUCCCAGAGAGUAUCUUCUUCAGCAAAUCCAUCUUUAUUCUCUGGCAGACCUUCAGCAGGUUAUUGAAGGAAAGCUGGCUCCUUUCUUGGGAAAGGUGAUCAAGUUUGCCACCUCUCAUGUGUACAGCUGCAGCCUUUGUAGCCAAAAGGGUUUCAUCUGUGAGAUUUGCAACAAUGGAGAAAUCCUUUACCCCUUUGAGGACAUUUCUACAAGCAGGUGUGAAAGCUGUGGUGCUGUCUUCCACUCUGAGUGCAAGGUGAAGGCUGUACCAUGCCCCAGGUGUGUGCGUAAAGAAUUGCAGAAGAAGCAGAAAUCCUUCUGGAGGCAACUGAAUAUGGACGAGAACUUCGAAGAGUCUUGCAACAUGUUUGAAUUGUCAUAUCAGAACACAUGAGGUUUUUAAGGCAGUGGCCAGCCUGAAGAGAAUCCCUCUCCCAGCUGCCAGCUCAAGCAAAUUCUUGGCUUAGACAGGCAGAAAGUUUUUUGAAAAAUAUUACCUGACCUUCUUCAUCUGUGAAUAAGAGCUGCCAAAGUGGCCAUAAAGCCUUGUUGGCUUUGAAAUACCAAUGGCUAAACUGCAUUGAAGUCCAGCCGUUAGCUCUCAUACAAAAUGUGGUUUAUGAGAGUAUCUUUAGGUCUAGCUAAUUUAAGUACCCAACUUUCUUUUCCACCUCUGGAGAAGACUUUAUCUCAAGGCAGAAAAUAUUUGCUGCCAUGACUGCAUUAUUUUUUAUGUUGUUUGUUUAGAAUUGAUGAAUCAUCUACUUAUUUAUGUGUAUUAUUUAUUUAUUAGUAGCCUUGGCAGGGGCUUUGGUGAGGUGUUUCACAGAACCCAGUAGAGCAGGAAUUAUUUUAAAUCCACUGUCUCCUCCUGAUAUGGACAUGUGGUUCCAUUUCCUCAUGUUUUCAGAGAACUGUCUUAAAGGAUCAGUGCAUUUACAUUUUAAAGGAUCUCCUUGCCAAGGAAAGAAGAGGAUCUCCCAUUAAACCUUAUUUGGGGUGCUUACAAACAUAAGAUGCAGAAUAAUUCCUUCAGUUAUGUUUAUAUAUUUUUAACCACCCCAGUGAACUACUCCAUAUUCAGAUAACAUGGGACUUGUUACUCUUUUUGUUCAGCCAGGAAUAUCAGUUAAGCUCUGUCACUGAAGUCCUUUGAGAUUUGUGCUGGUUACUCUUGAUUUUUGGGAGGCUAUGUCCUUGUCUGUCGUAACAUGAUGUUGGUUCUCCUUCUUCCAGUCUGAAACUUCAGGGCAUUUUAAGUGUUCACAUUGGUUUUCUUUUUAUUUCAUGAAGUUUACAUCAAAUGUUUUUCUAAUCUGUUAAACUGAUAGUCAGGAAAGCGGUCUUGCCCAUUUUAGUUAGCAAAUACCUCCAAAAUUGUGAAACACUAGUUUGCUGGUUUCAUAUGAAACUUGUGUCCUGCAUUCUCUUAGACUCCAAGGCAUUUAUAGUUCUGUAAUGACUUCCAUGGUGGACAGUGAAGUUCCAGAAGGUAGGAUUCUGUUCCACACACCUGGAACAUAGGGAAGUAUUAAACACAGUGAAUUAUUUUGUAAAGGGAAGUACAUGAUGGAUUUAACUGGGAGGUGUGUGUCAUUACUGGCAGUAUGUUUAAUUCAUGGCGAGUUCACCUCCAAUGAGCAGCUAAAUUGUCUUCCCCCAUUUCACAUUCCUGACUCUUUUCCACACCUUGCAGUGAUAAGUGUAUUACAUACCUAUGAAACUAUUCAUAUAUAUACACACACACACACUCACAUAUCUAUUUACAGAAAGCAAAUAUGAUUUCAGGAGAAUAAUGCCAGUUGCAUGUGUAUUUUCCUCUUGUCUCACAUAGGUUUGUGAAAAUAUGGAGUACUGAUUUUUGCUUCCUAUAUAAUCUACAGACUGUUGUAUUCAAGGCAGAAAGCAGUUUUGAUUGUUGAAGCAUCUCACUAAUUGCUGAAGUAUAUUAAAUAAAAGAACAGGGUACAUCAUACUUACAUUAAAAGGUAAAAUGCUACGAGUUGCCUUGUACUGGAAUAUAAGUGGUUACCUUUUCCAGCCUCCAGUCAAAGAAAAAGUAGCUUUCUCAAAUUUGAAUGCAACUACUAUAUAGAAGCAUGUUUAUAUAUGUAUACAUUAGACAACCAGUGCCUUUCUUUUCCAGAAAUCCUUCUUUCAUUGGGAUUUUUUAGAAGGAAGUGAGGGUUUUUCCAUGUUCUUGGCAAAGUGCUUGGCAAAGGGAUUCCCAUACUUAAUAGACCUGGUGAAUCAUGCACCUUUGUCACUAAAAUGAAUACUUCCCAUACACAAUGGUGUCUCUGUCUCAGCUCACUGUUCCUCAUGUGAAAUGAGUUGCUUUUGGCUAUCACCCUUAAAGGUAUAAUGUUCCUUGCAAAUCCAUUCCCAUGCAAAGAAUUCCCUGUGUGUUCAGAAAUGCAAACACUGGGGAAGUACUGUGGAAUUAGUCAGGCAAACAGGAACUGCACUGGUAUUGGCUGAAUAAACAGAACGCUCCCAUGUUUUUCAGCUUGUGUCACUACAAUUACUCCUGUGGCAAAACCAGUAGCUCUGAAACUGUCAGCAUCUGGCAGGUACUAUUUUGAAUUAUCUGUAGACAUAAUGUUAGGUCAUUAAAGAAAAAAUGGUGGCAUUUUUCAUAUCAUAAUGCUCUGGUAUUUAUGAUACCUCACAGUGCUGGUUCAUGUCCAGCUCAAUUUAGAGAAGACUGCUUGAGUGCACUGUCAAAAACCAUAUGGAGUCAAGGAAUCAAGGUUCAGACCUUGCAAAAUAUUAGUUACAUUCACAUAUGUCCUAUCUCCAAAGUACCAGUCAUGUGGGUGGUUAGAUAUUGGAAUUGAAUUCUAGAAUAACAACAUAGACAGCAUUGGAAUUGUUCUGGGUUUGUGCAGGUAUUACAGAACAGUUUCUUUGCUAACAGAGAUUUAAAGGAUAUAAAGAGUAUGAUGUUGGCAAAACUGCUGAAAUUAGCCAUGGGUCUGAAACCACUGCCAUUACCAAUGACACAGGGCAAGAGCAUGUUAUGAUAUUCUGUCAGUGCCCAGAGCUUUAUGUGAAAGGAUCCUGUAAAGUACAGAUCAUGUGAUCAUGUUAUUUACUUUAAAAUCCAGUGUUGUUGUAAACCAGCUAGUUCCUAAAAUGAGUAGACAUUAAUUUUUACUUUGGAAAAGUAGCUCUAGGAGCAGGCUGUAAUGUGCAAGACAAUGUCCUCUCAGGGAUGCCUAGCUCCUAUCCAAAAAUAGUUAUUCCUUAUGAAUGGGUAAGAUAAAGUACUCUGUCACAAAUUUUUGUAAGCAUAAUGAAAGGCUUACUCCUGCCUUCAGUGGAUUUUCUUGCAGGAGCCAUCUGGAAGCAGGAGCCUUAGCCUGGGGUUCUGCAUGAGGUUUGGGUUUCAGACAGCGCUGUACCCUUGCAUGGUUGUCUCUGCUGUACUGACAGUGCUCCAUGCUGGUCCCCACUGCUAUUCUCUGCCCAUUUUGCAGCCCACAGCCUGCACAUGGCUCUGCUCUGCAGACUUCUGGAUGAGCAUCAGCUGGUAAAGUUCCUGGGGGCUUUGCAGAUUGCACGGCUCUGCCCACACCCUCCCUGCCAGCCCAGGUGAAAUUAUGUAUUAGUACUGCAGUCUUGUCCUACCCACGCAUGAAAUAAACUGGAAUGAUGCCAUUUCAUUGUGAAUCAAGAAUGAAAUAUGCUGUUUGUCCUCUUCAAAGAGAGAUGCUUUCAUAGCUGACUGAGAAGGAAUUGGUCUGUAAUCCAGUUACUGCUUUUGCUUUGUACAGAACUUGGUAUCAGUGUAAAAAUAGGAUGCUUAACUGCAGUGGACCAUAGCUUCACUCUCUACAGGUACUUAUAGUUGUAGUCUGAUAUUAUUUGAAUUUAGGACACUAUUGAGAUCCUUAUUCAGGUCUCUUUUCCUCUUUACCCUUACCAUCUACCUUUCCUUUAAUUGGAAGAUGGACCUACCUAGGGGAUGCAAAAUGCAGCUUUUUUUGUAUUGUCAAUAUAUAAAAAGAGAAAUUUAUAUUUCUUGUGUAGGAAUCCUCCUAUUGCUUUUCUUGGUUUUUGUCUGUCUUACGUGGUGGAAAAUGAUGGAUUUGUGAUAUGACAAAAUAUCCUGGCUGGCACAUACCAACAUGAGCUCUGCUGGGAUUGAUAGGAAUUGGCAGGUGGGAGGAAAGAUACUUUUUCGAGAGCAACUUAAGAUUUUGGCACAGGCUCUGAUGGCCCUGUUAGGAGUGAAUCAUCAGGGUAUCACUAGAGCUCCUCUUGUCAAGGCUUCUCUUACUAUUAGGAUAGUGUGUGUAUUACAGUAGAUGGAUGAUAAUGUCUUGGAAGAUUUUUAAAAAGAGCAGAGGAUGUCUGUUUACAAUGAAAAGGGGAAGCUGCCUAGUUGAAUUUUGCAUUUUUCCCUGUAGCAACAGAAGCCACCGAGUUUGCUAGGCUUCCCAAAGGUCACUGCCUGGAUUGCAGCUGACUGUUGAUCUGUAUAAAAGAAAUUAAUUGAAUAAUCAUUAUAAUCUUCUAAUUUUUUUCUGUCGCUCAGUUGCAAGCCAGUCUCCCCUCUCUCUCCACUGUCUCUGUCCGUGUCCUUACUCACAGUACUGAGCCUAUAGCCAGAGUUGGAGCUUCAUAGCUCUUUGUGUUGCUUUUGAACCAGUUGAGUCCAGUCAUUCUCUCCUUUGUGACUUGCCUUCCAAUUUUCCCUUCCCAGUAGGAGUGCCUUACAGUACUGUAUAUUAGCAUCUCUCUUCCUGUUUCGGGUUUCCUGAUUGCAUCUGCUGCUUUAUUAACUUGUAGACUUAAACUGAAACUCUCCUGUGCUGUGCCUGCUCUUUUGCAGGAGCACCUGAGUAAAUCAGUUUGUUUGUUCUGCCCUCAUGAAGUGAACUCUACAGGCUUCAUAUACCAGCUCUGAAGACACCAAGCUAUGUGGGAACUCCUCACUUCUGCUCAUUUUGGUGCCUUAAAUUUUGAGAAGUGAAUAAUUUUUUUAGAAAUGCUCUGCCAUGAUGCAAUAUGUUUGGCAUUGGAGCUUAAAACCCUUGCUCAUGACAGUUUUCCAUCUUGCUAGGAAUGGUAACCAUUAAACUUGUUUACUAUCUAUGCUUUGUGAGGGCAUUAUGAGAGAGGAUAGCGUGGAAAUGGUAUUGGUUCUUAUUAUGUGUGUUUUUGAGACUAGCUGGGCUGCUUAGCCUGAGAUGCAGUUGUGCAAGACCUUCAGAAGCUGUGCAUAUAUAAAGAUGUCAAGUAGAGAGAAUUAAAGCAGGGUCACAUGCAGUUUUGCUCCUCCUGGAACCCCUGGCCAUUCCACACAGCGUGGCCAGGGACUCCCACUCAGAGCUCCCUGCUCACUUGCACAGCUGGGUCCAGUGCUGUGGGAGUGGAGGAAUUUCCCCAAAGCUCAAUUAUAAUGCAGCCUGGCUCCCUGAAGGCUGACCCUGUGAGGGUUUGGUCAACCUUACUUUAAAGAGAGGGUUAACCCAUUGAAAUCUUAGCAUUAUUUGCUGAAGUAUGUGGCAUGUGUCAGCCUGGGGCACAUGUCCAUUCUAACUGUGAUUUUAUAAGUCCACAUUUGACACCAGUAGCAGGAAUCCCAUUUGACAGUAGCAGUGCUGUUACUGCAUUUUAGCAGUACAGUGAGGAGACAGUCUGAAUAAUAAUGUGCAAAGUCCUUCUUUACUUGAAAACCCUGGUGUGGCCAUGAUGGCUUGAGUCAUACCUUAAAAUGCCAAUUUCACCCAAAUUCCUUGGGGUGGUCAUUAAUACAAAUUGCAAAGAUGCUACUUGCAGUCAGCAUCAGAGAUACCUAGGUCUGGAGAGCUAUCAGCAGGACCAAAGUGUGUUAGACUUUGUGCACAAGUGUCAGGGGCUCAAUUGUUUAUUUAUUCCUGCCUAAUCCACAUGUUGAACCUUAUAUUAUAAGGUACAUAUAACCUAUUAUAAAUCCUUGAAUACACAGCAUUGUUUUGGUGGAAAAAGGGUUUGUUUCCGUUUUGCUUAUGCACUUGUCUACCAAGUUGAUUUUGUUUAACUAAACUGUGCUUUCAGGCUGAUUUUUAAUUAAUACCUGUGAUAGCAAGUUACCUUAUAUGAGUCUGCUAUACUUCCGGUAAGCAAAAGUAAAUUCAUGAGCAAAAUGUGUGUUUCAUAGGUAUUAAGUGAUAGAGGCAGCUUCCAAAUCAACUUUAUUUCAGUCAAGGCAGUAAAAAGCCAGGAAAAGCCAGAUGUGAGCAGCAGAGCACAGUGGCUGAUGUGGUGCCUGGCAGCCUGAGCUUUCCUUCCUGCCAGAGCACCAGCUCACCUGCACCACUUACAGUGAAUUUCAGCAUUGCUGGCAGUGCACCCUGAGUUUUUGGAAUACCAUUGUGUGUGUGUGCUACUCUGUUAACUUAUUUGCAACAUUGUUAUGUGUGUUUCAUUGUUUUUGUGUUUACAUUUUUUGGUUUGUUGUUUUUUUUUUUACUUUUGACAAGGAUUAUUUUUUUAAAUUAUCUGCAGCUACUGAGCAAUAGUCUUAAUUUAUUAUUGAUAUGUAAUGAUGUUAUAAUUUAAAUCCAUUGAGUUGAAUUGCUUGUUAACACUUGAGCAGGGUUUAUUUGGGUUCACUUGUGACUGCAUCAGAGCACUGGUCCCUCCUGUAUAAAGGCAACUCUCAAUAAACACUAAAAAAAAAUCUUACUUCUCCUUUUUAAUUUGCCUUCUGGUGAGUACUGUAUCAUGGGUAGGGCAAGCUUUGAAAGAGUGAUUGUUUUCUUAAAAAUGCUUCUCUGCUGGUUAAAGUCUUUUGAAGCUAAGAAAAUGUGAUACUUACUUUUCCCUGAAAUCAGCCAGGAGGGCCUCUGGAAGUAUUGUUGAUGUCUACAUCAGGCUCUGGGGGCUUGGAUUCCCGGUUAAAUCUUGUGGUUUUGGAAAGCCACAAAUUGCUUGAUUUUUAAUAGUGCUGACCCCUGCCACAAGCUCCCAGGGCAGCUUACUGUGGCUUUGAGGCACCCUUGGAUACAGAGCUCCUGGGAGGCUUGCAGGAGGCAGCUGCUCACUGUGUGGACCUCUGCCAGAAGUCAAGGUCAAGUUCAAGGUCAUUGAAUUCUUGCUAAGGAAGGCAUCUCCCAGGUGAACUGAGGGCUGGAAGGGCAGGAUUUUGCCCAUGUUAUAAGGGUUCUCACACCUAUGGAUGUAGGAAUAGGCAAGAUUCUUCUUGUUGUUGUUUCUUCCAGUGCACCUAAGGAGCUUCUGCAGCUCAUUGAAUCUGGGUUUGAUGACUAAAGAUUGCAGCACAGAGCUGUGGUGGAGCUCAUGGGCCUAAACCCACAGCCUGAGACUCCCCAGAGCAUUCCACACCCAGCCCUAUGCUCUGGCAGCUUUCAAAGAGAAGGAUGUAUCCCCUCCUUCACUAUUCCUGCCCCUCCUCAGGAAGACCAGAAGCCCAUCAGGAAUGUCAAUCCUCUCUCCUGCAGGAACUUUUGGACUUCAUCUCUGUGAUGAAAUCAGCUACAAGCGAUGAGUUAAUGUUUGACCGGGACCACACAAGCUACACAAGGAAACCAUGUGCAAGACCUUCCCCUCUUCCUUAUUUGCUUUACAAGGAACCACUGCAUCCCAGCUGAAAAGGCCUCAAUGAGUGGAAGGUAUGUCUGUGAGGACACAUAUUGUCAGUCCAUGCCCGUAUCCUCUGGGCUGGAGCCAGGAGCAGGGAUUAGAGGAACUCCCAAGCAGACCUGUUUAGCAUGGUGGAGCUUCAUGGACACUCCUGCACAUGCAUAAAAGGGCUAGAAGAAGAGACAUCAAAAAGAGCAAGAUGUACACUCCAGCACUCCUGGCUUUGCUGACCCCACUUCAGCCAUCUCAGAAUUAUUUGCAGCAACGCUUCAAGUAUGUUCCUCAGACAGACGAGCACUCGGGGCCAGCUGAGUGAAGAUGUACAUUGUAUAAAAUCACUAAUUAUGCUUUCCCAAAAGCAGAGCUGGCACAGUCCUGGAUUUUGAGACAAAGAACUCCCAGGCAAUGGGUAUGUAUAAAACAAGUAACAGUGGUUACUGUUACAGAUGUGAAAUAAUUUGAAUAAUAAAAAUUGUUUUGGUGCAGAAAACUCCCUCCUUUUUAGAAAUACAGCCCCAUACCUAGAAGUAAGAAAACUAGAUAUUCCUCCUCCUAAAGAGUCCCAAAUGAGUAAUUACUUACUGUUUUUUAAACAUUAGUUUGGGCUGAAUCCAGGGAAGAGAGCUUGGGGCAAGAACACUGCCCCCUGACAUAGGCAGCCUCCCAGUGCUGUGUGCAGAGCUCUGCCAGCUCAGUGUGCCCUGUGCUAGGGCUGGCUGGCACUGCUCAGGGCACAGCACUGUGACUGAACUCAAACACACACAAAGCGUGUCAGGAAAGCAAGGCCAGGAAGCCUGGUGUUUUAAGCUGGACUUGUAUCGUUUCUACCUGUGAUAACAAGAGAAGUAGGAGAACAAGCUAGCAAAUAGAAUUAAAACAAAAAUGUUGACAUUUCAAAGCUCUGAGAUAGAGCUUAGUGAGAAGGAAUUUAACAAAAAAACUAACGGGCCAACUACAAUCCACAUAAACACACCCCCAGCCCAGUAUGAGGAUGAAUAUCUUCCCAUACUGCAGGAUCUGGCUUAAAGCCGAGUGCAGCAAGAAAAGACAGCAGAUCCAAAAUUUCUGAAAAACUGAAACUGACAUCUAAGACAAAAAUACAUCUGAGGAACAGCCUCACAAAAACAAGCAGUAAUAAGACUGAGGACUUUGUUUUCAGCACUGGAGGCACAUCUCAGAACCCACCCAGAAGGAUAAGCUGUAGCAGUAGCUCUGUAACACAGGCAGCCACAGCUACCCACACAAACAACUGCUAGCAGCAGCACUGGGAGUUCAGAGCUUGAGAUGUUUAGGCCUUAACUGGAUACACAAGCAUACAUGAAAAUCACAAGCUAUGGUUCACCUUGCAAUUCUUCAAAUUCUAAAACAGAAAAGGCAAGGGACAAAUUUAGUUCACUUUUUUCCUUCUAAAAAACUCUUUUGAUAAGACUAUAAAUUGGGCAGUUUUGUUCCAUGGCUCAUCACUGAGAUAAAGAAGGUAAAGAAAACUAACUUGGAAGUCAGUCACACAAGUCAUUAACAUUAUUAAUACAGAUUUGUCUCAAAGUAGGGUAAUUAUCCUAAGUUUCUUGAGGUAAAAAAGAGAAUGAGGCCAGACACUAAAUAUCCACCUUAUAUAUAAAUCAUAGCAAUAGAGAGGUAUUUUUUCAGCAUGAUCACAAAGACUGCUAUUUAAAAAACCACAAACAAACAAACAAACAAAUCACACACAAAGAAAAACCAAAAACCCUACCACUGUAGAUUACCCAAACCUUGCA